CGGGGGUUCUGUGUAUGCUUAAUCCCAUUUCCUUAUCCGGGGUUUGUCCUGGAGGCUCGCCAUUGGCCGGCUGCCGUCACGUGGCUUCUUAACUUUGUUCACUUGACAGAAAAGUAGGAGGGUUCAACGGAACAGGAAUAACCGAAGAGUAAAGGGAUGAGAUAUAAAUUUUAGUUAUAUAUUUUCCGAGUAGGUGCAAUUCCACAAAAAGACUGAAAUUAAUGGCCAUGAGCUCCUAUUUGAUCAACUCCAACUAUGUGGACCCGAAGUUUCCACCGUGCGAGGAAUACUCACAGAGCGACUAUCUACCCAGCCACUCUCCGGACUAUUACAGCUCUCAGAGGCAGGAGCCUGCUGCCUUUCAGCCGGACUCCCUCUACCACCACCAUCAACACCACCCACACCACCAGAACCACCAACAGCAGCGAGCCGAGCCGCCCUACACGCCGUGCCAGCGCGCAGGGCAGCCCGCUUCGGUGGUGAUGUCCCCUCGGGGUCACGUCCUCCCCACGGCGGGACUGCAGACCACCCCCGUCCCGGAGCAGAGUCAACGCUGCGACUCGGUGACACCCAGCCCGCCUCCGCCUCCGUCUUGCGGCCAAACGUCCCACAGCCAAAGCACUUCUUCCCCCGCGAGCACUCGUAAAGACCCCGUUGUCUACCCGUGGAUGAAGAAAGUCCAUGUAAACAUCGUGAGUUCAAACUACACAGGGGGUGAGCCGAAGCGGUCGCGGACGGCCUACACGCGCCAGCAGGUUCUGGAGCUCGAGAAGGAGUUCCACUACAACCGGUACCUGACGCGCAGGCGCAGGGUGGAGAUUGCGCACACACUGUGCCUGUCAGAGCGGCAGAUCAAGAUCUGGUUCCAGAACCGGAGGAUGAAAUGGAAGAAGGACCACAAGCUGCCCAACACCAAGGUCCGCUCCGGGACGAACAACAGCAACACAAACUCCCAGGCCCUAACCGGUUCCCAGAAUCGCACUACCGGACCCCUAUAGCCUGAUACUUUGGCUCUUUGUAUGACGUGUGUCCUCCGUGUUCCUACCUGAUUCCCAAACUGAAAGCAGAACCGGCAGCCACGCUUCUAACCACCGGAACCUGCACUUUGGACCGGAAUAACGCUUUUACUCUGGAGGAAGGGAUGGAUGUCUUUGCCGCCUGUAUGGCCCUGAUCUGUACUGAUGUUACACGCUAUAAUAUGACGUGGGAGGGGUGGAGGGGGAGAUUUCCCAUUCAUAAAAAACUAAAUGAACAAAACGGGCGAAGAAGGAGACUAACAGAAAUGAAAAAAUGAUGCGGUCGCUUCUUUGCUCUUAUCCCCGCCAUUCUCUUUCUGCCUCACGUUCUCUGCUUUUAUACUUCUGUCUUUUUAUAUCCCCUCUCUCCUCUCUGUUUGAGAGCAUAGGACAGUAGGCUAAACAUAAUGUGCUCGAGUCUGUUUGGUUUCUUUCCUUCUUUUUCUAUCCGAGACUUUCUGGUGAAGAUGGAUCCUCGUUUUCAUCUUUAAUCAUGCCAAACUCGGGCCCCAUUUGUCAUGUUUACUCUGCGGGUACAAAGC